AUGCACCAGCACUUUACGAUCAAAGCGCUAGUGUACGAACACCGCGGGUCCGGGUGGAAGACGUCGCUGUUGUACUACGGCCUCUGGAACGACCUGACGUUUGCUAUGCAAGCAAACCGAUCGUUGGUUCGCAACACAACCAAGUAUUCGUACGAAGAAACCGUGUUCCCUGCCUACGCCGGGGUGUCGCUGUCGUCCGUGUCGGCCGUGCCGUGA